GUCGAGAUGAGAGUGAACCCAUCAGACAUCUACCCUGCCGUCAAGCGCUUCCUCACUGAGAGCGGCCUUAACAAGACCCUCAAGGUCUUCGAGAAGGAAACUGCCGCCCUGGAAGACCUUCCUGUGGUGAAACCCAAGAAGGCAAAGGCGCUUCAGCCUUUGGAGCUCGUCGCGGCUUGCCAGGCCUGGCUGGAGGCUAACCAACAGGCCGCAGAAGGCAGCGUGCCCGAGAGCGCCGCGGCCGCAGCGGAGGCGCCUCGUGCAAACAAGAAGAGAAAGCGAGAGGCUGUGGAGGAGGCCGCGCCAGCUGAAGAGGAGGAGUCUGCCGCGGUGGAGGCAGCGUGGGCCGCCGGCACCGAGGCCUCCGAAGCAGCUGAGGGCUCCAACAAAAAGUCUAAGAAACAGAAGAAGGAGCUAGGGCCAGCCUCCAAGGAGGAGAAAUCGCAGGAGAAGAAGGACAAGGGUACUCCAUUUAAGCGGGUGGAGGACGACAAGUGGAGAGCCACCAUCAAAGAUGACAGGUUGUUGGACAACACUCACAAGUCGAAGAUGAAGUACGGCACCUCUGAGGGUGACUCUUGGGCAGACAAAGCUUCGGAAGAUCUGCUGAAGGUCAAAGGCAAAGGCUUCCGGAAAGAAAUGGCCAAGAAGAAGAAAGCCUCUUGGCGAGGCGGCGGAUCCAUCGACCAGGGCGUCAACUCCAUUCCGUUGGACGACAGCGAUGAUGAGUGA